CAUCAUCGAUGGCUCAACAAAAUGGCGACUGCUCCUAAUGAGAAAAUGUUUGUUUUUUGCUUACUUAUCCUAUUUAUUCCCUUCACUCUGGGUCGAAAUCAUCGAAUAAAGCUAGAGGAUGAAACAAGACAGACAAUCGAGUUGAGUAAGUUCGGAUUUCUUCAGAGUGGAGUCCUUAGAGUAAACUUUACCAAUAUGUGGUUUAAAAACAAAAAUUCCGCAAAUUUUGGUUUUUCCAUGGAAAAGACUGGAAGUGAUGGGAUUUCGCCGUACAUGGAGCAACAUUCUGACAAUUGUGUUCUCAAUGAUCCAGAGCAGAUUAAUAAUUUUAACCAGAUAUCAUUGGCAAUUCUCAAAUUUAAUCUCGAAAAGAAAGAGAUCGUUAUCACAAAGUUUGGACAUGACUUUGAGAACCUGACCAUUGAAAAAUUUCAACCAGAACCACAACCAGCCAUUGUGGUGGAUACAACUGCUUCCUCUAAUGAGGAAGGAGGGAACAUUUCUACUUUAUUCCCAUCCUCUGACCAGACCACAGCACAAACACCAACAAUUGCACCAAAAGCAACCUCUAAAACUCCUCCAAAGAACACAUCAGGUACCACGCAUCUUUCCUCCAAUGGAAACAAUGGGACAACACCACCUUCCUCUAAUGGAAACAAGAUUAUAGUGACACAUGAUAGGAGGAGAAGAGCAAAUGAUGGUACAAAUGAAGAAACACUUCCUCAAAGAAAAGAAAAAACAUGGCCUUUGGUGCAAAAGACAGUUAAUGACUCCAUGCCUUAUUCUGGAAAUUUCACAGUCAAGAUUCAGACAAAGGCUGAGGAGGGAUUGUAUAACUUGUAUUUUCAUAUCUGUCCUAAAGGAAAAGGAAAAGAAAAAAAAACAGCUCAUGUGAAUAUUGAGAUUGACAUUGUGGAGAAAAAUGGUGAAAACUUUCUGUCUGCGGGAGAGGAACCUUUGCCAUAUAUGUUCGGUAUCCUCUCUAUCCUAUUCCUUGGAACAGCAAUUUACUGGCUUCAUGUUCUUAGGGACAACAGGGAUUUUACAUACAAAGUACAUUACAUGAUGUUUACCCUGAUCCUUUUAAAAUCUCUUGAUCUGAUGUUUCAAGCAGUGAAUUAUCACUUUAUUAGUAGAGAUGGUAAACCAGAAGAAUCCUGGGAAGUGCUUUACUACAUCACACAUCUGUUGAAGGGAGCAUUACUGUUCACAACCAUUGUCCUUAUUGGUACUGGCUACUUUUUCAUCAAACAUGUGCUGUCAGAUAGAGACAAAAAGAUAUUCUUGAUUGUCAUACCACUACAGAUUUUAGCCAACACAGCUCAAAUUGUGAUGGAGUCAACUGAGGAAGCAAACACACAGUAUACAACUUGGAAAGAACUGUUCAUCCUGGUAGACUUGCUCUGCUGUGGUGCAAUUUUGUUUCCUGUUGUAUGGUCAAUAAGACAUUUACAAGAAGGAUCCCAAACAGAUGGCAAAGCUGCCCUUAACCUGGCGAAAUUGAAGCUUUUUAGACAUUUCUACGUAAUGAUUGUAUGCUACAUCUAUUUCACAAGAAUAAUUGUGUAUUUGAUAAAGAUCACAGUGCCAUUUCAAUAUAUGUGGCUGGAUGAUUUCUUCAACAAUGCAGCAUCGUUUGUCUUCUUUGUUUUGACUGGCUUCAAGUUCCGACCUGCUCCGGACAAUCCUUACCUUCAUGUACCACAAGACGAAAGUGAUGGCGAAGUGGAGAUGGAAGAAGUUGUUACAAAUGCAGGAAUCGCCGAUGGCGUGACAAGACUGCAGCCGUCGUCAAACGGCAAAAGAAUAUUUGAAACCGCUUAAAAUUUGCUACAAUCAAUCAUCACUUGCUUUGUUCUAGGUGGAUGGAUUUUCCAAAGGGUAUAGCCCAGGUGGGAGGGAGGGGGGUUGGGCAGGUUGCUUGUGUAUUUGUGACUCCCUUCAUGACAAAGAAAUAAUUGAUAGUUAUAAAACAACCCAACUAGAAAUUACGAAGACACUUGCUUUCCCCCCUACGGAAAAAUGCAUGCCCUAAGGGGUGACUCUUGUAUUUUAAUCUUCCAAGAAACGAGUCAAAUAGCCAGUGAGCUACCUACGGCUAGGUGUUAGAGGAUAUAACUUGAAAAUUCUAUAUUUGUGCCCGUAAUUCCGUUAAUGCGAGACUUAUGAGAAUGUGCUCAAUCACACUCACACACACACACACGCGCGCACACACGCACACACACACACACACACGCACGCACACACACGCGCACACACACACACACACACGCACGCACACACACCUACUGGCGCAUGCAUACAUAGUUAACAAUUCUCUCAAAUAUCAUUUGUUGUUAUUUGGACCACAUGGUAGAUAAAAAUAGAUGAUAAAUUUUGUCUGUGCCUUGCCAACAACAAAGUCAUAUUUUGCGGUAGAUUACUGUAGUAAUACUUGAUUGAAGAGGAUUUAUGAAAGGUCUAGAAGAAUCUAAAGUGUUUAUAAAUGUACAAACUAGCGUGCUCGUCAAAUAGAACUCAUUUGUACUAUGAGUAUCAUGUUUAAGGUGUAAUCUAUCAUUGAAGUUAGGCUUGGUUUUGUCUCUAUUUUGUUUUGAUUUUGUGUCGUAUGUUUGUUUUUAUGCUUGUGUGUGUGUGUGUGUGUGUGUGUGUGUGUGUGUUUUUGUUUUUGUUUUUUUUUCGCGGUAAACAUUGUGAUCUCUUGGUUAACGAGCUGUUUUCCACAUUGAGAGAUCUGCAUUUGAUUCAUGCCAGGGAUUAAUCUGCCUAUGGUGUCUUUAGGCAAGGUUUAACACUCACACGGUGUAUGUGUUUUUUUUUGUCUGUGAUUAUAAAUGGGUAGCGCUAGACUGUCUGAAAAUGUUACCAAAGCAAACUCAUUAACCUAUACCUGGACUCAAUAUAAUUUGAUAGAGAUGGUUGUCAGUGCGUUGAGUGGCAGUUGACUUUGCAUAGUCAACCGCUCGAAUUAUCCUCUGUUUUUACAAUUACUGUGCGCUUCUUUUUCUGCUCAAAAAGUUCGUUUGGGCAUUUCAUUGUCACAGAAGUUUUUCAAGUGUGAGAGCUUUCUCCUGUUCCAACGUUCGACAAUAAUUUUUCUUUUAAACAAUGAAACUUUACUGAUACUCAUUGACUAUAAAAAAUUAGGUACCAAUACUAGUAACUUUUCCUUUAUGGACUAGUUUAGUAAAAAAUUUACCUUACUCAUAUUCCUUUUUGUUUAAUAUGUUUUUAAGUAGCGUGCUUCAGUUCGACCCUUUUAAAAGAAGUCGUAACCUUUUACACCCUAAAAUCAGUAUGCACACUCGCAAUACUGUUCCCCAUACUUUCCCAAAGUGCUCACGGAGAAUUUGCUUAACAAUAAAGAGAUCCCUUCGUUGGUGGUCAUCUUCUUUAUUUUCCUGAUCUUAAUAUGUGAUUCAGGGGAUGUAUGGAGAAAUAAGAUUCUUCUUACUCUUAAGGGAAAACGGUGAAAAGUUAGUUUAUGUAGUUCUUAAUGCUUUCACUCCCAUGAUGUCAGUAGCAAUUCUUCUUACUGACUGCCACCUAAUUCUUAUGAUGUUACAUCCUCAUCACUUGUCUGCUUGAUGUUGUAUUGAUAUUGUAAGGAGAAAUUCUGUCUUGGUCACUACUCAUGGGAGUAAAGGGUUAACCAUACAUUAUUGAAAUGACAAAAGGAUAGUUUGUAUUUGUCAUGUAAAGAUAUAUGUUACUUGUAUAUAUUUAAAGAGUGACUAAAAAUUAUUCUUGGAGACACAACGAUGAUUAUUGUACUUAGGGAAAGACGUCCAGUGAUGCAAAGUAAAAGAUUAUUUAAAUGAAAGUUGACCUUUGCUUUGCUUUUCAUUUGACACUUUUAUUUUCUAAAUUUGAAAAGUAGAGUCAGGCUGUACAAGAUUAAAAACUUUCUAGAAGAACAGUUUGCUAUAAGUGGAAUCAUUGUUUUUUUCUUGCUCUGUAAAAGAAAAAAAAUAUUUUCAUCCUCGAAAACUUUCACAUUUUCGAAACCUAAUUUGCUUUUAACUCAGCGAUGUGGUUUACCUAUUCGCCUUGUAUUUGUGAAGUGAUUAGAAAAAAUAUAUAUUAGUAUACUUGCG